AUGCCUCUAGGUCACCGCAUAUACUCUCCUGAGUGUUUAAGCAAAUAUUCCUCAGUUGGGUUGACUGAUUUUUAUGGCAAAAUCUGGAAGAAAUGCAAUGGUUACUUUAAUUACCUGGUAGGAAUUACCCCCAAAUUAGGAACUGCCUUGGAGGUAAUAUCCUCAGAAUCACUGAAAUCUAUUCAGGAAUUGACUCCUGUCCAGCCCUACGCUCUGGUUUUCCUGUAUUUCAGUAUGACCCUCCCAAUGUUGCCUUUCAGUCAGUCCAAUGAAUGUUUUUGGACUGGGUCAGUGAUAUCGAUGGCCGUCCCAAGUAGCUACAAUGACGUAACGCAAGACAAAGCUCUCCGAGACCACAUUGGAUGGGCUUGGUACGAUCGCACUUUUUAUGUGCCCGUGAGAUGGCAAACUGACAAGCAGAGGGUUGUUCUUCGUCUUGGGUCUGCCCAUUAUAAUUCAAUCAUUUACAUCAAUGGUGUAGCUGUGACGUCCCAUGAAGGAGGACAUCUCCCCAUAAUGGCCGAGAUAUCAAGUGGUCUUAGAUUUGGGAAAGAAAACCUUGUCACCGUGGCCAUCAACAACACUUUGACGCCCAGCACGUUACCUCAGGGAAAGAUUGUCUACCAUAAUGACCCUACGAAGUAUCCUCCCGGUUACUUUGAGCAGACAUUAGACUUUGACUUUUUCAACUAUGCAGGUCUUCAUAGGCCAGUUUACCUUUACACAACACCACAAACAUACAUUGAUGAUAUAGUGGUUAACACUGAUAUUGAUGGGUCUGCAGGUAUCAUUAAUUACAAGAUAUUUGCGGCCACCUCUGGGAUCGGCCCCCAGACUGAAGACAACGUGGGCUGUUCAGUCAAGCUCCUGGAUAACGAGGGGGAUCAUGUUACUAGUGCCAUGGGGUGUGUUGGCACCAUUAAGAUCAGCAAUGCCAGUCUUUGGUGGCCAUAUCUCAUGCAUAGCAACCUGGCUAUAUGUUACGCAGCAGUGUCAGAUGAGCAUGGUGUGCUGGACCUUUAUCCUCAGAAAGUUGGCAUUCGCACUCUUGGAUGGAACUCCACUACGCUGACCAUCAACAAUCGGCCUCUUUAUUUGCGUGGCUGUGGGCGGCAUGAAGAUGCUGAUAUCCGGGGCAAAGGUGUUGACUACCCACUGAUCGUGAAGGACUUCAGCCUCCUCAAGUGGCUGGGUGCAAACAGCUUCCGUACGUCUCACUACCCCUAUGCGGAGGAGAUCAUGGACAUGGCAGACCAGGAGGGGAUCAUGAUUGUGGAUGAGAGUCCUGCAAUCGGUCUCAAUGGUUUUGGCGAGGAGUUAAUGAAGCGCCACAUAGCGUCAUGCAGGAAUUUUCGCCGUGACAAGAAUCGCCCGAGUGUCAUCAUGUGGAGUGUUGGGAAUGAGCCAAAGUCUUACGAGCCUGCUGCAAAAGAGUAUUUCAGUUCUUCCUUUUCUGAGACUGGAUGGGGCAUAGUGGCUGUGUACCCAGAGUGGAAGGUGGCCAGAGAUCACUAG